GCUUCGUCAAAUCUAAUGAAUGAUCAAGAUGAAUCUACAUUUGUAUCUGAUGAACAGAUGGAUACAAAUCAAUCAUCCAACAUGCAACCAAUGACUACAGAAAUAUCGGAUUCAAAUGAUAGAGAUUUAUAUGAAAAUGCGAAUACUGGAAGCAUUAACAAUCAAUCAACAUCCAAUACUCGAUUAUCAGGUGACGAACAAGCAAGAUCAAGUAAUAGUGAUCAGCCAAUAUCAUCAAGUUUUCAAGUUAAUAGAAGUAUAAAUGGUUCAAAUGAUUAUAUUAUAUCAGAUAAUGAUCAAAUACAAUCGAUACAAAACAAUUAUCAUCAUAUGCCUAACGAAAUUGAUUUCAUUACAACAACACCAACUCGUAUUGCUGUUGACGACGAUGAAGUAGCUCGAAUGGAUGCAGAACAAAUUCCUGAACCAGUUCCAGCUGAUAUUACUGAUGUAACAGUACCAAAUGAUAAUGCUAUGUUUAUUGUUGAUGAAUCAAUUUCGAAUACUAAUACUCCUGAAAUUCCUACAAAUAAUAUUGAUCAGCAAAGUAUUGCAUCGAAUAUAGCUUCAUGUUCAGAAACAUAUGAAAAUGAUGAUUCCAUAGCUUGGAAAAAUAUACGUAGACAAUCACGUUUGACAACAAGUUCUUCAUCAAAUAAUUCUCGUAAAUCAAUGAAUAUUAUUCUGAACAAUUUAAAAACAGCGAAAUAUGGUUAUGAUUUUGCUAAAUCACUUAAAUCAUUUAAACUAUCAGAUGACUAUUAUGAUCGUAUUAAAAAACCAUUAGAUAUACCUGAAAUACGUGAACGUAUGAAUAAUGGAGAUUAUGAUGACAGUUUUCUUUUAUUUGAACGUGAUGUGUUAUUAAUGUUUACUAAUGCAUUAUCUAUGUAUCAUCGAGAUGUUGAAAUUCAUAAACAUACUCAAUAUAUGAUAAAUUAUGCUAUGGAAUUAUUUACAUCUAUGAACGAUGCAUUUAUUCCAUGGAAAACUAAAGAAUUUGAUAAUUUAUCGAAUGUAUAUUGUCAUAAUAAUGAUACUAAUACAAUAAAUUCUUCUUCUUCCAUCACUCGAACAUCUUCAGUAUCAUCAUCUGUUCGUACUGAUUCAUCAUCAACAAAAAAUCUUCGACGUCAAGGCCUAUCAAAAUCUCUAACACCUAAACGUCAACGUAAAAUACCUCAAUAA